AGACGAUCUGGAUACACACACAGUGCAGGUUUAAGUGAGGCUUAAUUUCGCGUUUCUUGCUUCAUUAAAUACGGACAUAGCUCCGUGUUUUAAAUUACCAGGUCGGGUGGAGUAUAGUGCACGAGGAGAGCAGCUGUCUAACAACACUGUGUGCAGUGCAGGCCAACCCGUAGAAAGGGAGGACGACUUCUGAUUCUGUGCUUUUAAAGAUGGGUCUAAAUCUUCUCUCCCCUUUCAAACAACGUAACAUUAAUAAUAUCAUUGAUCUAUAGUUUUGUAUUUACGGUGGAGGAAACCAGGCUAGAAGAAAUCGGACGCCCGGAAGUGAGGAUUACUGGUUACAGAAACAAUAAUCAAGGAAAUAUCACCCAUCCCAUCAUACUCUAAAAACAACAACAACGACAACAAUUCAAAACGUUUCCCUCUUCAUCACCAACAACAAUGAAUAAGAAAAGCAAAGGCCUGGCUGAGAUCAUCAGCGCUUACAACAGCAAGACGUUCAAGCCAGAAAACUUCCAGGAAAUUCCCCGCCUGUUCGGGCCGUCUGCCGCCAUUGACAUGAAUCGUCUGGUAUGCCAGCAUCAGCAACAUGUGGCGUCUGCUUACAUGCGCCGGAUCCGGAAGGAUAAGAUGAAACAACAGGAUGUCUACUUCCGGAAGUUGCAGAACAUCCCGCUUACGAUCAGACGUAUGGCGGUCGGGCCGGACUACCAGGACCCCUACACCAGCUUCAAGAUGCGUCUGCCCAAGCUCGGAGUGGACAACAGAAUCGAGAGGCCCUACAGCCCGCGCGUCAACGCUACAGAUGGCAAAAACUACGUGUCCCACAAUUCCUUGUCUCCCCACAUCAAUGUCCUGUUCAAGAUGAACCCCGCCGGAGCACCACUCAAGGGGAGCACUAAUACUAAUAAUAAGUUCGGCAAGUCUCCAAUCAACCCCGAGGGCGAUCUUUCCUUCCCCAACUCUCCCAGAAAGUCAAAACCCAAGUAUCUCCAGAGCGAUCUUUUCCCAAUCAGGAAGCGUCUAUCUGUGGAUAUCAACGCAGCGCAGUCGCAGACGAGCCCACGACAUAGUGACGUCAGUGUGGACAACAGCCCCCGAUGUCCCACCAACAGCCCGAGGAACCACAAGGCUUUCUGGAGCUUCAAGGUCCCCAACGAGCUCAACAAGGGAGGCAAGAAGGGCCAGCAUGUACCCAGCAUCCCUCGGUGUAGAGACGCCCUCGCGGCCAUCAGCUCAGUGCAAAAGCACAACAAACCUCUACCAGCCAUUGUGGUCAAGGUGUAAAACUAGAAGAACCAAUGGAACAUAUGACUUAUUGACUAUAGACUUGAACGAACUUUAAGCACAAGAUCUUUUUAUCUAUUACAUGUAUAUAUUAGGCAACUUGGAAACACACGUGUUAGUUUUCCCAUAAAACCACGACAGCUACAGAGUGGAAAGUUGGCAAGAACCUGCAAAAAAAUAGAAAGGUCCCAUGACGGAGCCCGAUUUUUUAUUUAUUCAUUUCCCGAAUUUAGAAAAAUAUAU